CUUGAGGCACCCCAUAAAACCGGUCACACCGUGCCCGAUUCCGUGCAAUGUUCUCGUGCCACUCGGAGCUAGAACUCCUGCCCCCACCAAACCUGCCAGACUGCCGACAGCCCUCCCUUGCUUUGUGUUAGUCGCCGGCAAAUUCGCCCACCCUUACCCACCACGGGAAAACAGCAAGCGUCGUGGCAGGUGUACUAAAAAAAAAAACCUAAUAAAAGUGUACGGCGCACGACCCGCCAGGUAUCAGUCUGUCGCGAGCCUGCACAGAAGCAGCAACACCAAACGUGUGGUGAAGCAGUGAGCGCCAAAGAGCAAACACGCCGUGAUCAACAAACACAAUAGACGAAACGACACCCAAGGGUGCAUACGAUCACGGGAAGUGUAAAUUUGCGCCACCGACUCUCUGUCAGUUUAGUGAACAACGGUGUACGAGCAUAACGAGGGGGUGAAAGCAAACAAAACAAAAGAGUGUCUGCAAAUGGGAUAUGUUUGACUUGUGCAAUGGAGUCAGUGUAAAAACCGCGACAAACCGCCACAAUUAUUGAUAUUAUACAAUUCCAUUUGAUGAAACUGAUCGUACCCGUGGACACGUGUGUGUGAACUGUGCAUGAUGAAACGCGCCGGGCCGUACCUAGUGACCCUGUGGCUGCUGUGGUUAGGAGGUGGCGCGAGUACUGCCCACCAAGAGCGACCCAACAUUGUAAUCAUUGUUGCUGAUGAUUUGGGUUGGAAUGAUGUCAGCUUCCACGGGUCGAACCAAAUCCCGACGCCCAACAUCGAUGCGCUCGCGUACGACGGUAUCAUACUGAACCGCCACUACGUGCCGCCGCUCUGCACCCCAUCGCGGGCCUCCCUAAUGACCGGCAAGCAUCCGAUGAACAUCGGCAUGCAGGAUCACGUUAUCAUCUCGGACGAACCGUGGGGUCUGGGGCUGGACCAGAAGCUGAUGCCCCAGUACUUCCGCGAGGCCGGUUACCGCACGCAUCUGGUCGGCAAGUGGCAUCUUGGGUUUUUCCGGCGCGCGUACACACCGACCUACCGGGGCUUCGACUCGCACUUUGGCUAUCUCGGCCCGUACAUCGACUAUUGGGACCACAGCUUGCAGAUGAACGAGACAUCUGCCCGCGGUUUGGACAUGCGACGCAACACCGCCGUCAACUACGACGCGAACGGAACGUAUGCGACCGAUCUGUUCAACGACGAAGCCGUCCGUCUAAUCGAUUCCCACAACAGAAGCAAACCCCUGCUCCUGGUGCUCACCCAUCUUGCCCCGCACACCGGCAACGAGGACGAUCCGCUGCAGGCGCCAGCAGAUGAGAUUGCCAAAUUCGACUACAUUCAGGAUCCGAAGCGUCGCACGCUGGCAGCCAUGGUAUCGCGGAUUGACACGGGCGUUGGGCGGAUCUAUCGAAGCUUGGAGAGGCGCCGCAUGCUCAACAACACCAUCAUACUGUUUUACGCCGACAAUGGUGCCCCGACGCUGGGAAUUCAUGCCAAUUCCGGCUCCAACUAUCCACUGCGUGGGCAAAAGUAUUCACCCUGGGAAGGAGCAGUCCGUGGUGCGGCACUGAUAUGGAGCCCUCUGCUACCCCGGAAGCGUGUAGUGUCCGAGCAGUGGAUUCACGUUAGCGAUUGGUUGCCCACACUUGGUCAUGCGGCUGGCAUCCAGUCUAUCCCAGCUGGCGGUCCGAUCGAUGGCCAGAACCAAUGGCUAACGUUGCAAUCGGCGUCAGUCGAUGGUCGCACGGUGGUGAUGCAUAAUGUCGAUCGUCGAUAUGGCUACCGCAGCUACAUGAAACAGGGCUGGAAGUAUAUCAAUGGAACUACUGCGCGAGGGAUUUAUGAUGGAUGGUUAGGGCAGCUGUCCGACCAAGAAGAUCAAAUCCCGGAAGAAGACUACUUUGCCCAACUAUUAAAUGAUUCGUUUAUUGGUGGCUCGAUGCUACUUUCCGAAGAGCAAGUACGAGAAGUUCGUCAAAAUGCUACACUCCGAUGUGCGGAAGAUGUUCAAGCCAUUCCAUGUGAACCGCUUGUAAAACCCUGCCUCUUUAAUGUCGUCGAAGAUCCUUGCGAACGAGUAAAUCUGGCAGACGAAUAUCCGGAGUUGUUAAAAGAUCUACAGUCUGACGUGGAGCGCUUCAAACGGGACGCUCUUCCACCACGCAAUCAACCAUCAGACAGUAGAUCGGACCCAGCCCUACACAACAACACCUGGACCUGGUGGCAGGAUGAAAUGGACGAGCAGCAGCACAUGGCACCGUACAUCCUGUACCUUGCCGCGGCAAUUGAAAUACUACUCAUUCUUAUCGUUUUAUGGUGCGGCCACAGGUACUGCACGAGGUCGAGAACCAAAACGGAACCCAAAGACGCUAAGCUGGCAAACAAGUAGAUAAUGCUCCCGCGAAUAUGGUUCGCACGGUGUGCCCAAACCCGUACUGGGUUUCGUUUGCCUUUUUAAAUUGGUUAGCAGAUAACAUGGUGCUGGCGGACAUGUUCCGCGCUAGGCAAUAUCAUCUUAAAAUCAUGCCCAGCUUGUUGAUUAAAUUAGUUUUAUCAAUUUUAUCUUUGCAUAUUCACGCGCAAACUGUGAGAAGAAGAGGGGUUGAAUGGCAUAGUCAGUUUGCUCAGCAUAUGCACAUAUAAACGUACCUUUCUAUCUUGCGUUUCAGAUGAGGGUUUGAGGGAAGUUCCGUUAUAGGUGAUGUAAAGUGUGAUAAUUGCGUAUGAAAGGUACCUUAAAGCUGGAGAUAUAAUAAAGAGAACCAUUUAAAUCUAAAAGAACGUUUCAGUCUUGUAGCAUUUUUUUUUAAGUAGAGCAAAAUUUUAUAACAUUCAAUUAAAUCUCUAUCUCCAUACUAAAGCAAUAUUCAAGAAAUACUCAAGGCUAACGGAAAGAUGGACGUCAAUGCCCUUACAUUGUAGAUGCAUGAUAAGAGAUUGGGAUGCGUCGCUAAUUAAUUACAUCAGGGGCACAAUCAAUUUAUUUGAAUCUCAAUAAAUUGAUGACAAUAUCUUGGCAGCCCCGAUAUCAACCCAUCGGACCAAAUGCUUUAAAAAAACUAAAUUAUUGAAUGAAUAUUAAAGAAUACAGCACAUGAAAUUCUUGAUAAGCUUACCUCUAGCAAAGACGUAACGAUACCAUAGAAGUGUUACAAUCAUCAAGAACUUUGGUUCAAAAUAAAACCAAAGCUUCUAACAACGCACUAACAUUAAACACAUACACUUAGAAGGUCGGCUGGAGGCCUUAUGGGGUCCGAUGGGAUAUCAAUAAAUACAUUAUCUCUCAUUUAAUCUGGUAAACAUAUUCCAAACCAUCGGUAUGAAAGGUUACUAGAAGCUGGAGAGUCAUUGAUGAGUGGGGCAUUACAGAAAAAAAAUAUUUAGACACUAAUGCAAACAUAUUAAUCAAGCUAGAAUUAUUCCAAAAGUCUCAUUAGUCUCUUGGCAUCGUUCUAAACACCUUCUGUUCGAGUUGGAGUCGCUUCAACACAAACGAAUAACGACGCAAAGCUUAGCGUUCUUUAGUCUUAUCCAUAAAAAAGAUACAAUUUUGAAUCAACUGAUCCUUUCUCACAAACGAUAAAUUCACUCCAUACUCUAAACAAUCCAGAGGAUAGUUUAGUAAUCUUACUAAGUACUACAUCUUAGUGAAAGUGAAAAAGCAUCAUGUUAUCUGUCAAUUAGAUUUUAUUGUCUUAUCUGUAAAAAAGCUAGUUU